AGUACUUAGUGUACUUUGAAUUACCAAUUGCCUAAAGCUACUUCGCAACCUGUUGGCACUUUCUAAAUUUAGUGCUUAUUAAUAAUUUUGAAUGAGAAGUUCAUGAAAUGGUUAACGCUGGAGACGUUUAUAUUGUAUCCGCUGCGCGUACAGCGAUUGGCAGCUUCAAUGGGUCACUUUCCAAAUUGAAAGCAUCGGAACUAGGUAGUGUUGUUAUUAAAGAAGUAUUAAAGAGGGGCAACGUAAAUAACGAUGAUGUGGACGAAGUCAUUAUUGGACAAAGCCUCACCGCUGGACAGGGUCAAAAUCCCUCACGUCAGGCGGCCCUGCAAGCAGGACUUCCUAUAAGUGUGCCUGUUUAUAACAUUAAUAUGCUUUGUGGAUCAGGCUUAAAAACUGUUGCCUUGGGGUUCCAAUCUAUACGUUGUGGCGACUCUAAGAUUGUUAUUUGUGGAGGGCAAGAAAAUAUGUCUCUGGCACCGCACGUUAUCCAUUUACGAAAUGGUAUCAAAAUGGGUCCCGGAACAAUGUUGGAUACAAUGACUCACGAUGGCCUUACCGAUGCUAUGCAUAACAUACACAUGGGUGUCACUGCAGAAAACUUAGUGAAGCAAUACAAUAUCACUCGUAGUGAACAGGAUGAAUUUGCAGCUCGUUCACAAAACUUAGCUGAGAAUGCUCAAAAAAAUGGUUUCUUCGACGGCGAAAUUGCUCCAGUCGAGUUAAAAACGCGUGCGGGGAUACAAAUUUUUGAAAAGGACGAGUACAUUAAAGCAGGCACAACAGCUGAAGCAUUGAAAAAACUAAAACCAUGUUUUAUCGAGAAUGGAACUGUAACAGCUGGAAAUGCUUCAGGAAUUAAUGAUGCUGCAGCAGCGGUGCUAUUAAUGUCAGGCGAAGAAGUGGAGAAGAGAUCUAUUAAACCUAUGGCCAAAAUUGUUGCUUGGGCCCAGACUGGCGUGGAUCCUAAAAUUAUGGGUAUAGGACCCGUUACAGCUGUUGAAGCGGUUUUACAAAAAGCUGGUUGGUCUAAGGGAGAAGUGGAUCUGUUUGAAUUAAAUGAAGCAUUCGCGGGUCAAUCCAUUGCAGUAUUAAAGGGUCUACAAAUUGACGCAGAUAAGGUAAAUGUUAAUGGUGGUGCUAUCGCAUUGGGACACCCUAUCGGUGCAUCUGGAUGCAGAGUUCUAGUUACUUUGUUAUAUGCUCUAGAAAGGUUGAAUGUCAAAAAAGGAGUCGCAUCAUUGUGUAUCGGUGGUGGAAUGGGUAUAGCUAUGGCUGUUGAACGUAUUUAAAAAUAAAAUAAUAAAUAUUAAUUAUACUGAUAUGAUGUGAGUACAUAUGUAAAUGUAAAUUAUUUGUUAUAACGGACGUCAAUUGUUAUCUAGAACUAGAAAUGCAAAUAUAUGUAAAUUGUGGUUGCAUAACUACUUUAGAAAUCAUUCAAUAAGCACAAUUGGUUUAAAGAGGAAGCACAUAUGUACACUUUUUGUAAGGUUAGACAUGAUAGCAUUAUGUACUCUGAAGCAAAAACAACGAAAUAGUUUCUGGUGAGCUUUUCCAAUAUAACUUGUGGCUUUGUACAUAUAUAGUACACAUGAAUAUAUUUGUAUGUAACUAUUACCUGCAACUAAA